AUGACUACCGAACUAAUCGAGCUUGAAGGAAAGUUCAUUGAGGUAUACAUCCGCUUCAACGACGAUAAUGAGAAGGACUAUUGUUUCAACGUCAAGUCAACAGCGACUUUUGGCGAACUCGAUGAAAUUUUCAAGACUCUGCCGAUGUCGUUGAAUCCGAGCAUUUUCUCAAAGCAUAUCCCUAAGGGUUAUGCUAUAAGUAGGUUUCCUGGUCAUCUUACCCCGGAGGGAGGUCUACUUUUCUCUGCGGAUGCUUCCAAGGCCAAGUUUUUGGAGCCAAAAGGUCGUUCGGAGCUUGUGAUCGAGAAUGUUUGGCCCGGUCAACUGAUAGUGCCGAUUUGGGAGUGGAACAACCCCGUCUACUACGGUGUGGUUGGAUUGCUGUCCUUCUGGCUCUGGACCGAUCUACCAGACUUCAUCACCCCUACACCUUAUCUGCGUCUUUCUAGAAACGCUAUUUUGUUCGGAGGCUACGUGUUGGAACAUGUUUUAGGGAAUCCAGCUAUUGGAGCUUCAAUGAGAGAGGAGGCAUUGUCCGAGUCCUCUUUUAUUGCCCAGUGUAUCUUCUUUUGCUUGCAGUUGCUCAAGUUUGCAUUCAUUAUUUUGAUCCUUUAUGUCGGAGCAUUCAACCCAUACUCAUACAAUCCAUUCAACCAGAAGAAGAUAGAGGUCACCAGAGAGCAGCUGUUGUCAAUUGGCUGGACCAGCUCUAGACGUGCCACCAUCGAGGAGUUUUCGGCAACUUAUAGAGAGAAGAAGAUUGCUGCUGUUGGUGGAAUCAUCCAAGCAUCCAAGACGGGUGUCCUUGAGAGCUUGAGAGAUAAUGGUGUGACUCUGGGUAAGGGUGAAGGAUUUGACACUAAGAUUCCUGAGAAGGGUGAUAAACCAAUUUCGCUGGAGCUGAUGAGGAAGCUCAACAAGUUCACUCUCAACUACGAGUACACUGAGCUUGUGGGCCAAUUUUUUGAGGAUUCUUUGGAGGGAAAGACUCAAGAGGACCAGGCCAAGGCCAUCAAGGACUUUAGGAAGUUUGGACCUUUGAGUAGUCCACCCCAAAUCAAGGAGUUGUACAUCGCAAGAAAGAUGUUGGGACCUGGUGACGUUGCUGAAGAAUAG